AUGAGCUUGAAAGAAGUAUUCGAACAACAUCCAUGGAGGUCAUUUAAGAAGUUCAAUGAAGCUGCAAAGAGUUGGGGAUUUACUAACAGAGCUGAAGUGAAAAGGUUCUUUGACAAAAAUGUUGUACAUCAAACAAAAAUAAACCCUUACGACUACUUUUUACCAAUUUACUCCAACACUCCUGACGCAUACCAAUUUGACACUCUCAUUCAAAGCAGAAAAGGAGGACAUAAACCAUUCCUCAUCUUCAUUAAUGUUAACACUCGUAAAGCAUAUGCAUAUCCAAUGAAAAAUAAAGGAACUCGUGAAGUGUUAAGAGUUUUACAAAAGUUUGUAGCAGAACAUAGCCCAAGUACUUUAACAUCAGACCAAGACAGUGCAUACCUCAGCAACGAAAUCACAGAAUUUCUCAUUAAGCAUAACAUAACUCACUACACUACUGAAGACCA